AUGUCUACUCUGUCGGGGAUAGCUUCAAAAGGGGAGAAAGGAAAGUCAAAAUAUCAGUGUUUGGAUAUAAAUAAUCUCUAUAGGGGAGAAUCUUUAGAACCAAGUCAACAAAAAAGUACAGUACAACGUUUCAAACAUGGGAUGCAAAGUUUGGGCAGAGUGCCCUCAGCCAGACGCCCACCUGCUAAUUUGCCCAGCUUAAAAUCAGAAAGUAGUGGUAGUGAGCCAGCUGUAAGUUUAGUUCCGACCGGUGGUGCAGGAUGGGGAAACAAAGCUGGGGAGACUCAGUCUCCCACUACGAGUCAGUCAAAUGCAACGACAAAUUCAAAUGCAGUUCAAACAAGUGCUGCAAGCCAUGUUCAAACAGUUUCUACGACACCUUCGAAUUCAGUUUUACCGUCACAGCCAACAGUGCACACAACUGCCCACGAACAGCCUGUUGCGACUACUACACAUGCAACCAUGGGCGACAAAUCGUGGAGCAGUAUUAUGGCAGGGGAAGCUGGCACCCAUCCUCCCAGUUUUUUAGCUCACCAAUCACCCCUAUUUCAACAGGAAUUCCCCAAAUUAUCCAGUGGAGACGGGCAAAAUGCUCAAACUGGACAAAAAAGCGGAUCAGAUACUCAGUAUGGUCCAGGACCCAGUCUACGCCCGCAAACGGAAGGAAGCUGGAUACAGGGAGGUGGGCGCACUCAAACAGGUGGAGUAUCGGGUACAAGCGGGUCACAAUCUCUGGCCCAGGGCCCCCUUCCUCAUCAUCCAGGCGUAGUAGAUCACGGUGGAGGACGGAACAACUUGGGACCACAUCCGCCUCCUGGUGUAGCUAUGGGCCCGGGAGGCCCCGGAAUGGGAAUCUCUGCUAAUGGACCAACCAUUCAUGCACCUCCAAUGCAUAUUCCUCCAGGAACAUCACCUCAAUUUAGAACAAUGCCACCGAUGGUAUAUAGAACAAAUUUUCCGGGGGCCUUUCCUCCUAGCUUUCAAGCCGGUAUGGGGCAUCCACGCCAACGAUUUCCCGGCAAUUUUCUUUCGGAAGGAAGGUUUGUUGGACGGCCUAUUGAUGGAGAAGAAAUUAUUACAAGGCCAAUAAUUAAAGAAGAAGAAUUGAAUCAUAUGGACGAUAUUGCACGAGAUUCCAGCUGGGCAAGACCAGAUGAAAUAGAUUACAAUGAAAAGAUAGUUUUUAGUGAUACAGAAGAUAGUCCACAGGAUGAAGAUAAAAAUAAGGCUCGUCGCGAAGACAAAAAGGAUCGUGAUAGAGAUUCUAAAGAUACGUCAGAAAACGAGAAAGACAGAAAUCGGAUGGACAAAGACCGUAGAUCAGAGGAACGUUCGGAAAAGCGAAAUUCUGAUGCUACUUCCAGAAACUGGCAAUCUUAUGGCUAUACUAGGUAUCCGCCGCCUUCUAAGCCACAACACAUUGCUUCAAGAGAUAGAGAGUGUGAAGAAGAAUCAUUGAAGGAAAAGAGAAGAUUACAAAUAGAAUUAGUUGCCGUCGUAACGGAAAGAGCAAUUUUAAGAAAGGAAGAAGAGGAAAAAAGACAUGAAGAAACUAAAAGGGCUGCAGCCAAAAAGCUUCAAUUAUUAGAUGAAAGAUUAAAUAAAAAUCAUGGAAAUGACAAAAAAGAUCGCGAAGAAACUCCGACAACUGUUGUACCAUUUCCGACUUGGCUCGACAAAAAUAGGCAGGGAGAUUCUGAUCGCGAUAGAUCUCGAACUAGUAGCGAAGGGAAAGAUGACAAAGCUCGGCAUGAUAGUUCCGAUUUUAGAUCAUCUACACAAGUGGAUAGACAAUCAUUUUUAAGAAACGAGAGAGAUGGUCGUUCUCGUUUGCCGGGUGAUGACAGAGUUAAAAGAGAUUACGAUGAAAAGGAUAACAAAUUGCAACCGUCUCAUAGACAAGAGCGGUCUCGUCUUGAUGAUAGAGAAAGAAAUGUUCGCUCUGGAGAUGGACCUCAAAACUAUAUAAGGCAUUAUCAGAAUAAUGUUCCUCCAAGAUUUCUAAAGCAACAGGCUGAACGGAAUCAAUCGGUUGUGUCUAAUAAUAAUUUUAUCAGAUCGACAAACUCUCCCCAACCUUCAUCACAGGCAGCUUCAAAUAAUUUUGAUCCUCAUUGGAGUCAUUCCAGUAAUUCAUUUAUUUCUCAAUCUUCCUCUCUUCCUCCUGGAAAUAGAAUACUCUCAAGACGAUUUAAUAGUGAAAGUAGUGAAUCAAAUACUGAUAAAAACAGAAACGAUCGGGAAUCCGAAGAUUGGGACAUGCAUGACAGGUAUAAAUCCUCAAGGGAUAGAAAUUAUGGAAAGCAUGCUACCCAACAUUUUGAGGUUGAACACAAUAGACGUUUUCUCGAAAGGAACGAUAGAAGAGACCUUGAUUCCGAGCGAAGUACCGAAGAUAAUUGGGAGAAGGAAAACAAUAGAGAUAAUAGAGAUUCUGCUUCAAGGGAAAAAGAUCGUGAGCGACACGUCGUUGAUGAUCGUAAUAAAAACGAUGUAAAUUUCGAAGAUGAAAAGGAAUGGAGACAGGGGAAAGAGCGUAAAAACGAAGAAAGGGAUACGACAGAGCCAGAGGAAGAUAGGGAUACGGAUAACAGUAGAAAAGAUGAAAAGAGAGAUGAGCGUAGAGUCGAUAGACCUCAGAGGCCUGACAGUAGAGAUAGUAGAGCGUCUCGGGAAUCGAGAAAUUCAAGAGAUUCCGUUCGAGAUGAUAAAUUGGAUGUGGAUCAUAAAAAUUCUAGUAGUGGGAGACCUUUUGGUUCAUCAAUGAUAAAGCCUCAUUUCAAAGAUGAUAAGAAAAAAAUAAAUGAAAGAAAAGAAGAAAGGGAUAAAAAAGAACAAGGAGGGCAUGGAAAAUUGGGUGAUGAAUAUAUUUUUGCAUUUCCUAACAAACCAAGGCAUAGGUUUACUAACCAACGACACGUUCCGGGACCACCAAUCACCCGAGAAAAAUUAGAAGCUUCCGUAAGAAAUGACACGAAGCGAAGCUUGACUCAACUUAAAAGAUUUUCCGAUGGUAAACGGUCGAGCGAAGAAAAGGAAAUUUGGGACAAUCAGGGAAAUAAAGAAAGGAAACCCAGCGAAUUAUGGUCUGAAUCCACUGAAAAAACUGAAGUCCAAACUACUAAGCAAUCUUCAAAUGUUAUUCCUGAUGAUAAGAAUAAUAAAGUGACAACUGCCGACAACAAAGAAGCUGAAAAAUCGCAAAAUGUGAAGCAAGAAAAUCUAGAAAAAGUCAAAACUGAAAUUAAGGAUGAAAAAGAUAAUAAAGUCGAAAAACAAGACGAUGACAAAGAAAAGCGGGAAAAAGGUUCCAAAAACCGUGGAAGUCGUGGACGUCCUGAACCUAGGGGAGGUCGACAAGGAUGGUCAGUGUAUAGAAAUAGUCAUAGUAAUAGAGGUGAUCGUCGUAGAAGAGAAUCUGGUCGAAUGUCCGGGCGAAAUCGAUUUUCUAAUCGUGAGUGGAAUCGCAUGAGUGAAUCUGAUCUCUCGGGUGAUGAAAUAUCGGCUUCCACUGAAUCCGGAAAGGAAGAUAAAAAAGUAGACGGCGUUAGGCAAUCGAAAUCUCGGUCGCAUUUCAAAAAAACGGAAAAAGAUGAAAGGAACAAAGAGAUGAGAAAAGGAGAAAUGGGAAUAAAUAAGGGAAGUUAUCAAAGUUUAACCGCUCCACGAUUCGAUAGGAAAAACGAUUAUAUCGGAGGGAGUCGCGAGGGUUUCGCACCUAGCGGUCAACCUUCGAGAAGAGGACGAGGUUCGAUAAGAAUGAGAGGAGGUUUAAGUCGUCGAAUGGAUGGAUACGGUCCACCUUCAGCGAAAAGUCCGUUCAGUCAUCAAGAUGAUAAAAAAAAUCAUUCCGUGGAAAAAAUUAACGAUGCGGUAACGGAAGAAAAGGGAAGUACCGAGGAAGACAAAUCGAAACAAAAACAGUCUCCAGCCUUAAAUAAUGCGAACGCAGCACAGAAAGGCCCUGUAAAUAAUGUUAAAACCUCUCAAAUACCUCCUAGAAUGCAAAAGAAAUCGGAAACGGAACAAAGGGAAUCUAAUAAAAACAAAAAUAAUUCGAGCCUUCGUCAUCACGGUAAUAAGCAAACAACAGAUCAAGGUGAUGAUGCUUGGGAAACAACAUCCGAAAAUAGUGAAGAAGAACGUAAGGCCGAUUCAAGAAAUAAUCGAAAAAAUUACCCUCGACGAAUUCCCUACGGUGGUCGUAACGAUGGUCUCGGUAAUUCGGGAACUCCUGGUUCACGUUCAGAUCGUCUCGGUUCGCGUUCCAAUUCUAAUAAAAAAUUUGGUGGUCGCGAUAGUCAUUUAAAUAAAAAUAAUGAAUCGAGUACAAGGCCGCACAAUGCUUCCGUUACAAAAGUGGAUGCAGUUGGUAAUAAAGAUGAUUUAAAUCCGAGCGACGGUAAUUCUUCCUUGAACUCAAAUCUGGAUAAACUCAAAAACGGUGAAGACAAAGAUUUUGGAGACGGUAGAAACAAAUUAAAAGACAAUUCUAAACUAGACAGAGACAGGAAAGGUAACCGUGACAGAGAUAGAGAUAGACGGCAUAAAUUGACCAAGGAUUCUGUUAAUAUACAUUCACCUCACACCGGAUGUAAGUUUGACCCCAUGUCAUCCUCGAUGCCUAAAAACUACGAAAGGAAAUCUAAUUUGCCUCCGAGAUUUGCUAAACAAAAGCAAAAUCAUCGCGUUCAAAAGCAACAAGCAACGGAAGUUAAUGAAGCUAAUAAAAUGAAUCACAACAUAAAUAUAUUUCCAAUGAAAGAAGGAGGAGUUACAACUCCUUCCGUAAGUGCUUGGGAAAAACCUCUCCGCUCUACGUCUCCUCCCAAAUCCGGUUCCAUGCAAAUGGUUGUGAAUUCAUCGGAGCCCAUGCAAUCGGAAAAUAGCAGUCAACGAAGCAGUCCUCACAUUCCUAGAGAUGCCGUUGACAAAGCUUUGCUCGAUGGAAGUUCACCGCCAGUUAAUACAAUAAUUUUCGAAAACACUAACUUUAAGUCUACUCCUAAUGAUGUUGUUUUAAAAAAUCAAUUUAAUUCUCAAGCGAUGAAGCAGCAGAGAUGCGACAAAGGUGAUAGAAAAAUAAGUGAAGAACCUGAAGAUAUGCUUGGAUUUUCAGCGGCCAAAACGGAUCUGACGGCGACGUCAAGCGAAAGAGAUGUUAAGGCUUCGGAUUCUUCAAUGAUUUACGGGAAGACGGAAGAUAAUUCCGACAUGAAAUUGGAUUUUCAAUUUGAAACCGAAUUGUCUCAGCUAACUGACGAUAAGUCAUCGAAGGGAAUGAGAGAUUUGGCACGAUCUAUUCAACAAUCUACCAUGUCUCCUUCAACGGCAGAUUUAAACUUUAAGAUAGCUUCGGUAAAAAAGGUUUGGGAAUCUAUGCAUACAGUUUCGGAACAUGCCGAAGACGGGAAUAAUGUAUCAACAUUUUCUCCAAACUUUUCUCCCGACUCAACAAUGGAUCCUUCUUACGCGAAAGCGGUUGAUGGAUCUGUGGUUGUAACGGAUGAUGGUAGUGAAGUUGUGUACAAUGCUGGCCCUCAAAUUCAAGUUAAUGUCAAUUACACAACUUCAAAGACUGAUGUGUCUUCAACGACUAGUAACGUUUGCAAGGUAAAGCCUCAGCAGCAGACCGUUUUAAGUUCAGGGCAUUCUCCCAUCGGACAUUCAGGGCAAUCCCCUCUUAAUCACGGUGGGCCAAUCUCACCGCCUCCGUAUAGUACGCCUCAAGCUGGUCAAUUCAAUUAUCAGCAGACGAGUAUGGGUAAUACGGCGGCUCAAUUUGGUGGAAUAUCAGCCAUACCUUCUCCUCCUACAGUUCUUUACAAUUCAUCGACUCAACUUCCUCCGGCGUACCAAACAUUCCAAAUUGACGGAACUCAAGUUCUCAGUAGUCAAGCUAGAUCCCAAUUUUCACAGUUUCCUCCCUACGGUUUGUCUCAGGGUAUCGGUCAAACGUCUGCGUUCAGUCAGCAAUCGGUUUACUUACACCAAACGGCUCCCCCGACGGCGGCUCCCGAUUUGUAUCAGUCGUCUUUAUCUCAAUUUCGUAUGCAGCCUGGACAUUUUGGUCAAUCUCAAUUAAACAGCAAUCCUAACACAGUCUUGAUUUCGUCUACUGCCAAUUCUUUGCCAAUUACUGCUACCGUAAAAUCUUCUUCUCAACCGAUAGGAGCCAUUGGGACAAAAGGAGCAACUCCUUUUCAGCAAAAUCCACUGCCAUCUCAACACUCUCAAUUAUACAUACCUUAUGAUCCCGUUCAACUGGGCGUAAAUCAAAGUUAUUUGCCCAAUUCUCAAAUCGUUCAACGAGGAGGUCCGGUUCAACCUUCUGCAUCUUCUUUUUAUUCGGGUUCCGCGGGAGCUCAAACUGGAUUUUAUCAAGCGACUGGAUCGACUUUAACGCAGCAAGCACCGGGAGCUCCGCAGCUUCAUCAGGCGACAGGUUACAAUCUUCAGGGCUUCAAUUCUCAGUCUUCUGCCACUGCCGUGGGCCUUCAAAGUUUUGGCUCUCAGAUGGGAACCCAGCAGUUUCGCACGCCUGGCAGCGUGCCCCCCUCUACAUAUCUCAAGUCAGCAGUGACACCUCUUCAUCCGACGACUAUUAAUUUGACACAGAAAAGCUCAACAACAAACACCCCUCAAAUUCCGUCCCCGAAACCUAGACCUUCGAAACAAAUAAGUCAGCAACAACCGCAACAGAGUCCAACUCAACAGAGUAAUAAUAAAUUUGGUUCUUAUCAAUGCGUCACGCAGGCUUCCCAAUUGCAGCAAUCCGGAAUUCAACAAAGAGUAUCACAAAAUAACAUGAAUUUACAAAGCGUUAGAAGCACAGGAGGUUCUCCCCGAUACCCGAAUCCGAUACAGAGACCGGUUGCGUACCAGCACAGCGGUAAUCGAUACAGGCCGCAACCGUCGAGACCGGUUUCAAAUGUCAAAUCGUAUUUCGGAUCUCAAGAAGGGAAUUUGAAACUGGAAGAAAAUAACGAUCUUAAGUCAGAUGAGACGAAUCAAUUGAGUAGUUGCGAGACGAAAAUGGGGGAUUCAAACGCACAAGGGAAAACUGGUAAUCCCGACGAAGAUGCACCCAAGGACUGA